CUCCUGUCUUAUCAAACAUGGCGGCGCGCAUGACACACCCGGGCAGUUUCGUCAAACAACAGCACGAUAAAUUGUCUACAGAUGAUUAAUACUGUAGCUUCUUUGGGGCUUGGGAUCUGUUCGUUUUAUUUUUUUUAACCAUGCUCCCGUCCUUAGCAACUUUGUGCUGCCGAAAUGGGGCAACCAUGUCAUUCAUGGGUGCUAAAUUGUCCCGUCUAUCAGCGGUCACCAAGCGAGCUGCUCGCCGCUAUGGAGCGCCACCAUCACCCGCGGUGAGGCUCUUCCUCACUCCCGGCGGUGUGCACGUCAGACGGAUCUCCCUGUCAGAUUCCGCGUGGCGGCAGGACGCGGAGUUCGCCUCGCCGUCUGAUGAAGACUUCGGCACCCUUUCCGCCGAAAUUUCCGGCCGGAGGUCGUUUCGUAAAGUUAGCCCGGAGAUGUUGGACCUGAGCUACCAACAAGACGACGACGACCAGAAGCCGGAGGAAACUUCACGCAGGCCCGGCAGGAGAAAUACCACCUAUUGGUACUUCUUACAAUGCAAGAAGCUGAUUAAAGCUGGGAAGCUUGAGGAGGCCUUGGAGAUGUUUGAGAAAGACAUGCUGCGCGGAGAGCGGCUGCAGCCGGAGGAGUACAACUACAGCGUGCUCAUAGGAGGCUGCGGGCGAGCCGGACACCUCAACAAGGCCUUCAAGCUCUACAACGACCUGAAGAAGCGAGGUCUAGAGGCGUCGGACGCCACCUACACGGCUCUGUUCAACGCCUGCGCAGAGUCGCCGCACAGACGCGCGGCUCUGGAGAAGGCGCUCAAGCUGGAACGGGAAGUGAGACGCAAGAACCUCACUCUCGGCUCGGCCACCUACCACGCCGUCCUCAAGUGGCAUGCGCUCAGCGGCAACCUGCACGCCUGCAUGCACACGCUCAGGGAAAUGCUGGAUGUCGGUCGCGCCGUUACUCAGGAGACGUUUCACUACUUGCUGAUGGGAUGUCUGAACGACAAAGAGCUCGGAUUCAGGCUGGCUUUGCAGGUGUGGCGGCAGAUGCUCAAGUCCGGCCUCGCUCCCGACUCCAAGAACUACAACCUGCUCUUGAGGACCGCAAGGGAUUGCCGGAUUGGUGACCCCGGACUGGCCUCCGGCAUCCUGCUCCAGUCAAACGAGUCCCACAACAAGUCAGGCAAACGAGUGGACGUUGAUCUUCUGGAGCGUCAACUGCUCGGCCAAACCGACGUCCCAAGUGGGGGUGGCGAGACGCAAAACCCCUUGGUGCCGCUCACACCGGCAGAAUCUGCACUCCUGCCCAUUGACUCCACCCCAAACCUGCUGGACUUGCUGGAGGGAAAGGGCGGCGGUGGCCUGAUCUCCUUUGGAGCUGUGGAAGGAGCGUCUGACAGACUAGCUGUGCUGGGCGGGGGCCGAGGUUUCCUGGAGAAGAUGGCGGCGGGCGGGUUGGAGCCCGACCUGCAGACUCUGACGCUGCUGGCGGACACCAUGGCGCCCGGUCUUCAGUCUUUGGAGACGCUAUUGGAGGCGGCCAAACGGCACCACAUCAAGUUGGACGCCGCCUUUUUCAACUCGGCCAUUCGCAGGGCUGCCAGAAGUGGGGACCUGGAUGCAGCCAAGGCCGUGUUGAGUGUGAUGCGACAGCGCCACGUGACCGUGGAUGUGCAGACGUUUGGGAGCCUGGCGCUGGGAUGCCAGAGACAAAAGGAAGGACUCCAACUACUCACCGACAUGGAAGAGGCGGGGUUACAACCCAACACGCAUGUGUACUCUGCCCUGAUUGGCCGAGCAAGUCGCCGUCUGGAUUACGCUUACCUCAAAACGCUGUUGAAAAGCAUGCGUGACAAGGGGGUGUGGCCUAACCAAGUCAUCAUCAAACAGCUGGAGUUUGCUGCUCAGUAUCCCCCCAACUUUGACAAGUACAAGUCCCGCAACAACUACCUGCUCCAAAUUGACGGCUUCCGCGGUUACUACGAGCAGUGGUUGCAAAGCAUGCCGGCUCAGGGCGAGCAGGACGGGCAGUCGGCAUUGAGCGCCGCCUUUGUCAAAACUCAAGCCGAGAUGAUUGAGGGCCGGAAGAAGCAAAGAGCGGCGGCGAGGAUCACACUGAGCAGCAGGAAACAAACGACGAGACCUUAGUUGUGGCUUUUGUAUCGUGAUUGUCAAUGCGCUUUCAGAAUAAAAACGUGUUUAUUGUACA